AUGGACGCCGCACCAAACAACGUGGGCCAGAGGCCCGUGUCCAAAACGGAGAGCUCCAACCCCCGGGAGUUCCAGCUCAACCAGAUACGGCGACGCUUUCGUCCGGCAGAGGAGACGACUGAAUCGGGGACUACUCUGCGAUUUGGGAUGGCUCCCUCAGACCCGGACUUUCCCUUCGAGCUGGACAAGCUGCAGUGUAUCCUGCACGUUCCGCUGUCGUAUCCGGCGCGGGGCCGGCCCACGUUGAAAGUGGCCAAUCCUGAAAUAGACGAUGCGUUUCGGGACAAUGUUGCCAGAGGAUUUGACGACAUCGUCGACAGCACGAUGCGGAGUGGUGGACGGGGGACGUUGCUGUCUUGGAUGAACAGCCUCGACCGUCAUCUGGAGCGGUUAUUGACGACCACGGAGAGAGGUCCUACCCUCAAGUUUGUACCGAAUCUCGGUGGACAACAGAAAAAUAACGCCCCCGAUAUCGUGGAUGGUAUGAAGUCUGUCCAAAUAUCGGAGAAGAGCAAACCCCGUAUUCGCGAGAAACAGCCUGCUUCUAAGCCAACCCCGGUGUAUACCGCGGAGGAGAAGGCGCAGGCCGAGCGGAGAAGAGUGACGGAAACGAAGCAGAUAGAAGCUCGUCUUGGAAGGUUGCCUUUCUUUGCUAAGUCCAACGACGGACUUUCAUUUACCGUUCCGAUCCAGCCUGCGAAAGUGAAUCUUCUCCCGAUACCCCUGCGAUCUGUUAAGACGAUGAAGCUCCUGGUGCCGGAACUUUAUCCUCUGGAACCCAGUGCCGUUGAACUCCAAGGAGUCGAUGGUGAAGAGGCAGAGGCCGUGCAACUUGGCUUUGCACAGUGGACCAAGGCCAACGCACAGCUGAAUCUGAUGUCGCAAAUCAAUUAUUUGACAAGCAAUAUGCAUAGCCUUGCCAAAACUCCGCUGCAAAAGGAUUCCAUAUCUACAGAGGAGCCUAGGACUUCUGCAGCCUCGACAGAAGGGACUCCUUCCAACACCCCAACUACGCAACUGGAGGACAAGCCACAUCUUCAUGUCGUUCCUCGCCCACCUGAAUGGGCAGUGGGAGAAGAUGGCAGCGACAACGAAGAAACAGAAGACUCCUCGGACUUCGACGACGAUUACUCAGAUGAAGACGAAGACGGCGGAGCUCCUGUGCCGAAUAUGCCUGAGGCUACCAAGGAGCACGGCGUCGCGCUAUCGUUCCCAUUCCUGGAGCUUUAUGGAAUUGAGCUUCUAGAACUGGUGGGCUUGUGUAUCACAGUAAAAUGUGAGAGGUGCAAGGAACCGACAGACGUUAAAAAUGUGCCACAAAUCAAGGAGAAGGGCGACGGAACUUCCCCUAAGGUCGAAACAUGCAAAAAGUGCGCGAACACCAUGAGUCUUGGCUUUCGGCGGCAGUUGAUACAUUCCCAUUCCAAUCGUGCCGGGUACUUGGACCUGGACGGAUGUACAAUCGCCGAUCUUCUUCCUAGUAUUCAAGGUGCCGGAGGUGAAAUUUUUACGUGUCGGGUCCGCAGCAUCCAAAGGAGGUUCUGGGUAUCGUGGCCGGCCAGGAACUUCCCCGUCGGGGACGUUGCCAGCACUAUGGAAAAAGUUACCGCUGGUUCAGGUGUCACGACGCCGCUGAAGACCAUCCCAACGAGCACGCAAAUCGCAUGA